UUGUCACCCCCCCCCACACACACAGCGGACCGGGGAGAGGCCACCCAGCCCCCUCCCCUCCCCCUCCCACAAGGAGCGGACCCGGGAGAGAGCAGCUCUUCCCUGUCACUGCUGCUGCCGCCGCCGCCUCAGCGGCCUGGCGAGGGACAGGGCAAUGCUGUGAACGAACGCCCAGCUUUGUGUUUCUCCCGUUGUGUUGGAUGGACACCUCCUGACACCGUGGGAGCACCUUAACGUACCUCCUGGGCACUGCCUGGCCAGUGUCUCCACCCCCCAUCCAACUUCUCCCUGCCUGGAAUGCUGUACGUGCCUUGCUCUGCCUCUCACAGGACGGCUCCCGGUAGCUUUGGGGCUACAGAUUAACCAAGGCUCAAGAGCAGUUGAGGUGCUGACCGUGACGACGCUGGGACGGCAUGUCGGGCCCGGUGCCGAGCCGAGCGAGGGUCUACGCAGACGUGAACACGCAGAGACCCCGCGAAUAUUGGGACUACGAGUCGCAUGUCGUGGAAUGGGGCAACCAAGAUGACUACCAGCUUGUGCGGAAACUCGGCCGCGGCAAAUACAGUGAGGUCUUUGAAGCCAUCAACAUCACCAACAACGAGAAGGUCGUGGUGAAAAUCCUCAAGCCAGUAAAAAAGAAGAAAAUCAAACGUGAGAUUAAAAUUCUGGAGAACCUUCGAGGCGGCCCCAAUAUUAUCAGCCUUCUAGAUAUAGUCAAGGACCCCGUGUCUCGGACCCCCGCCCUGGUCUUUGAGCAUGUCAACAACACAGAUUUUAAGCAAUUGUAUCAGACGCUAUCAGACUUCGACAUCCGAUUCUACAUGUAUGAAAUCCUGAAGGCCCUGGAUUACUGCCACAGCAUGGGGGUCAUGCAUCGGGACGUGAAGCCACACAACGUCAUGAUCGACCACGAGCACCGGAAGCUGCGUCUGAUUGACUGGGGUCUGGCGGAGUUCUACCACCCGGGGCAAGAGUACAACGUGCGGGUGGCCUCCCGGUACUUCAAGGGGCCAGAGCUCUUGGUGGACUACCAGAUGUAUGACUACAGCCUGGACAUGUGGAGCCUGGGCUGCAUGUUGGCCAGUAUGAUCUUCCGCAAGGAGCCCUUCUUCCACGGCCACGACAACUACGACCAGUUGGUGCGGAUCGCAAAGGUGCUGGGCACGGAGGACCUCUACGACUACAUCGACAAGUACAACAUCGAACUGGACCCCCGCUUCAACGACAUCCUCGGCAGACAUUCUCGCAAGCGAUGGGAGCGCUUUGUGCACAGUGAGAACCAGCACCUGGUCAGCACCGAGGCCCUGGACUUCUUGGACAAGCUGCUGCGCUACGACCACCAGACGCGGCUCACGGCCCGCGAGGCCAUGGAGCACCCCUACUUCUAUCCGAUAGUGAAAGAUCCCACCAGGAUGGGCUCCUCCGCUGUGCUCUCGUCAGCAAACACGCCUGUCAGCUCCUCCAGCAUGUUGGCAGGGAUCGCCUCCAUGUCUGCCUCUCAGCCCAUCGGCAGCCUGGCCGCCUCGCCCGUCAUCUCCUCUCCAAACGCUCUGGGCUCGCCAGUCCCUGCCGCCGCCGGAGCCCAGCCUUGACCUCAACAUCACCACCUCUGGCUUCGCGCACCGCCAAGGCCGCCGCCUUGCCCUCGCCCGCCCGCCCGCCUGCCUCAGCAAGGCCCUGCCGCCCGCCUGCAGCAGGCAGGAGGGCGGCCAGGAGGGGGUGGGGGCGGGGGUGGGGGUCUGUCUCUGGAAUUUGAUAUUUUUUUGUUUCUGUUGAGUAUGUCAAAGAGCCAAGCCUGGGCUGCUGUUGCUGCUGCCGCCCCUCCUCCAACCCCCCCCCUCUGUGCGGCGACGAAGAACGCGGACUCUGGCGAGGGACAGCGGCUUCCCUGUUGUCUGUGUCCAGUAACGGGGGCUGCAUUCUUCCCACGAGGGCCGUGGUUAGUGAUGCAACUACAGCGUAGACACCUAAACGGAGAAUAAAAUUUAUUUUCUAUGUCCCUAA